CCUAAUAGAAAAUGGCUCGCUUCAUCGUUUUGUUAGCAGCAAGCUUUUGUGCUGGCAUUCUUUCGACCGAUGCUUCUCAUCCCUUUCCAGUCCAGUAGUGGUCGCAUUGUUGGUGGAUUUGUAGUCCCCGUGGAAGACGUCCCCUUUCAGGUGUCCCUGAGCUGGAAUGGUUCCGACCACUUCUGCGGAGGUUCGCUACUUUCGAAACGCUGGGUGAUGACUGCCGGCCAUUGUGCUUACCCUGAAGAUACAAAACUAAAGGUGCGCGUCGGUUCCAGCCAGCAUGCUUCCGGUGGUCAACUGAUCAAUGUGAACAAAAUCUACCGCCAUCCGGAAUAUUAUGCGGUUAAAAUUGACUACGAUUUUGCACUGCUGGAGUUGGCAGAGGAGGUACAGUUUUCCGAACGCUGUAGUCCCGCUGAACUGCCCUCGAGUAACGACAGAAUUGAGGAGGGGACUUGCUUGCAGGUUUCCGGUUGGGGCUCUACCCAGAAUCCGGCCGAGUCAAGUGAUGUACUUCGGGCUCUUUACGUUCCGAAAAUAUCCCAGGAAGAAUGCACUCGUGCUUACUCCGAGAAGAACAAAGUAACUGAUCGCAUGUUUUGUGCUGGUUAUUUGGAGGGUGGUAAGGACAACUGUCACGGUGAUUCUGGCGGUCCACUGGUCCGGGGCAAGACCCUAGUCGGCCUGGUAUCCUGGGGAGUUGGUUGUGCCGAAGCAGGACAUCCUGGAGUGUACGCUAGAGUGGCCGCCGUUCGCGAUUGGGUGAAGGAGAUCAGUGGACUGUGAAGUGGAACUUCGACUGUUACAUUAGUAAUGAGCGAUGAUAGAUAUCUUAGUUUUGUAUGAUAGAUAGAUAAUUUAUUUAUAAUUUUAUUUCAAAUAUACCAAAAAUAAAACUCCAGAAAAAUAUUCAUCUCUAGUGUUUCGAUAGCCCCGUAUUUUCUUACGAUUUGUCUUAAUAAUUCUGAUAUAAAAUUCUAUUACAGUAGUAGUCAUCUAUUUUGGCAGUAUCCUCUUUUCAAUUACAUUUAUUCAAAUAUACUAUAUUAACAACACAGUAGCGACGCGGUGUCACAAA